AUGCCUGACAAGGCCAAGGAGUUUGGCGCUUUUCCAGUAAAGGGUGGAGGGAGGGAUACUACCAAAGGAUUGGCACGAUCGUUAACGUUGACAAAUGGGGUAACAAUGAUUGUUGGUUGUAUCAUUGGAUCUGGAAUAUUCGUGAGUCCAACAGGAAUUCAGGAAGGAGCCGGUUCCGUGGGAUCAUCGAUUCUUGUAUGGAUUUUGUGUGGAAUUUGGUGCACAAUUGGUGCAUAUUGUUACGCAGAAUUAGGAACUCUGAUAACAAAGUCCGGUGGCGACUACGCGUACCUCAUGGAAGCUUUUGGACCUUUCAUAGCAUUCCUUCGUCUUUGGAUCGAAAGCAUCGUAGUCAGACCAUGUGCUAUUGGUGUCAUGGCUUUGACAUUCGCUCUAUAUUUGCUACGUCCGAUUUAUCCCAACUGCCCUCCACCGCCAGGAAGUACACUACUUCUUGCUGCAACAAUGAUAAGUAAGCAAUCAAUAAUGAUAAGCAUUAUCAACAUUUCCCAACAAUUUUUAUUUAUCAGCACAGCUUUUAAGGCUGUAAUUAUUCUGACUGGAGUGAAUUGUUGGUCAGUAAAUAUACAGCAAUGGUUCAAGAUUGGUUCACCUUUGGAAAAGUGCUGGCAUUGCUCUCAUGGGCCGGAGUACAGAGACUCAUUCGACAAUCUUUUCGAGGGCAACUUUCGUAAAAUUUGGGAACCAGCAGUGGGAUUCUACUCAGGGCUGUUCUCCUUUCAAGGAUGGGAAUGGCUGAAUUUAUCACAGAGGAGCUGA